AUGAUGUUUAUCAACAAUAUAGUCGCCGUAGCUAUUCUAGCAGCUUCUGCCGUAACUCCAAGAACUAUCACGCUUUGCGACGAUCCUGAUUUUGUAAAUUGCCAAUAUCCUCCGGCAUCAACCGAUUUAUGCGGUCAGACACCUCUUUUCGACUCUUCAAAUCUUUUUUUCCUCUUAAACAAAGCUGACAAGUUUAAAGAGAAUCUUCGAAUGGGUUCGGAUAGAGCCAGCUCUUUAGAUACCCUAGGUGCAACAUGCGAGUUCUUCGUUGAUUUCUACUGCUUUCCGCAAUCCGGAUCUUUCAAUUAUACCGGCAAAAUUGAUAAACUCUUCCUUGCCCCCGGACUUGAGCACUUCGACGAUACGAUCUCCUCUUUCAGAUGCAAGUAA